UAGCUAGUUCUAAAAAGAUAGGUGGUCGGUCUCCUUCUCCUCAUUCUCUAUCCUUAUUACAGAACUUUGUUGCUCAUCUCAUAUUGCAGGACUUAGGAUUCCAUGGACCGCCCUUCACAUGGUCAAAUCGGCGAUCACCGAGUGAGCAUAUAAUGGAGCGGCUCGACCGGGUUCUUGCUUCUAGUAUGGCGGUUUCAUCUUGGCCUGGUGCCCAGGUGCACCAUCUCUCGGAUUUGGGAUCUGAUCAUAGAAUCAUCCUUCUGCAAUUGCAUCCUAUGGCUGCCAAGACUAAGGCCAAUUUUCACUUCGACAGCCGUUGGAUUGGCAACGAGGAGGCAAACCAAAUACUGCAGGCACAGUGGCUUUCUCCAGUAAGUGGAACAUUUCAGUACCAACUGCAUGAGACUCUUAAAUUGACUCGUCACGAGCUGUACAAAUGGGCAGCCUCUGGGACGUCGAACUCAGCUCGUCAGAUCAGAGAACUUCAAGAUGCGAUCUCCGUUGCUCGUGAUCAAACCAUGAUUGAUUGGGCAGGUAUUGUGUCUCUUGAACAACAACUCUCGGAAGCUUAUUUACAGGAGGAGAUUUAUUGGGAGCAGAAGUCCCGGACUCAUUGGCUCACGUGGGGUGAUUCCAACACGAGGUUUUUCCACCUGACUACCCUUCAGAAGCGGCGACGGAAUCGCAUCCUUCUCCUUCGGGAUGACGUUGGUGGGAUACAUACUGAUGAGGAUGCUAAGGGCACUGUAGCAGUGGCUCACUUUGGCAAUCUUUUCGCAUCAGAGGCGCUAGAGGAGCUCUCAUUUGUGGCCAGCCUUAAUCUGCCUGUUCUUGUGACUGAUUCUAUGAAUUCAGCCUUGAUUACUACUGUUACCCGGGAGGAAAUAAAAGCUGCAGUCUUUAGCAUUGGUGGGUAUCAAGCUCCAGGUUCGGAUGGAUUCACCGGUAUCUUCUUUCAAACUUAUUGGGGUCUGGUCGGCGAUUUGGUGACUUCUGUUGUACUGGAAUUCUUCAACUCAGGGCACCUCCUUCCCAAUUUCAAUCAUACUUGGAUUACCCUUCUUCCUAAGGUUCCGAAUGCUGAGAUGAUGCGUCAGAUGCGUCCAAUUGGUUUGUGUCAGGUUCCCUACAAGAUCAUCUCCAAAGUGCUCACUUCAAGGCUCAGGGAUGUCCUCCCAAGGAUCGUCUCACCUUGUCAAAACGGAUUCGUGAAAGGAAGGCUCAUUACUGACAAUGUGCUGAUCGGCCAAGAAGUGCUUCAUUUUUUGAAAACUAAAACCUCUGGUCACAAAAAAUGGAUGGCUCUUAAGCUUGACAUGGAGAAAGCUUACGAUAGGGUUGAAUGGGAGUUUCUUUUUGGCGUUAUGCGACACCUGGGCUUCUGUGAAAGAUGGUUGAGCUGGUUAUGGGCCUGUGUGACGUCAGUAUCGUACUCGGUUCUGUUCAAUGGCGCACCACACGGGUAUUUCAAACCUCAUCGUGGCAUUCGGCAAGGGGAUCCCCUCUCCCCUCUAUUAUUCGCACUCUAUACAGAAGCAUUUACGUGCUGCAUCAAUCGAGCAGUGGCGAUGGGGUUCCUCCAUGGUCUGAAAAUUAAUCGGUUCUGCCCUCCGAUCUCCCAUCUAUUGUUUGCCGACGAUUCCUAUAUCUUUCUUCGUGCAUCCUCCACAGAGUGUCAUCAUCUGCUUCAGCUUCUGCAUGAGUACCAGCAAGCGAGCGGGCAAAAAGUUAAUUUGCAGAAGUCUACCGUCUCUUUUAGUGCCAAUGUAGCAGAGAGAGGCGGAUUCUCUGAUUUCCAUUCUUGGGGCCCCAUCCCCAACAAUUUCUUUAAAUCAAAUAAAAAAUAAAUUGAUUGAGGCCCCCAAAAAUUCCAAUCCACGGAACAAUCUCUCUGGACCCAUCCCCAACAAUUUCUUUAAAAUUUUGGACAAAACUGUCUUAUUUGAAAUUUUAGGUUAAAAUUAUUUUUUAUGUUAAAGUUCAGCCAAAAUAGUAUAUUAUCCCUAUGACAUUGAAGCUACGUCGCAGCCACCUUAGCAUUGUAUGUUGAGUCAUAGGCAAAAGGAAUGUUUGACCUUCAAUAUUAAUGGUCAACCCAAAAUUUAGACCAAAUUUGUUCAUUUCUUUCAAAAGUCGGAUAAAAUUAUCUUAUUUGCAUGUUCAUGUCAAAAUUGUUAUUUACGUCCAAGUUUUGUCUAAAAUAAGAUAUAUUACCUAAAUAAUAUAGGAGUACUCAAAAUAUUGACUAAUGAAGUUCAAAAAAUUUCAAACAACAUACAACCCUGAUAAAAUUAUAGUCCAACCACCUAUCAUUUAGAACAAAUGCCUUUCGGACAGGAUAAAACUAUAAAUAUGAGUGGUUCUAUCAUACUUCGAGUAAGAAGAUGACAUAAGGAAAUCAUAUAUAGACCUUGAAUGACAUACUAUGAGUAAAAAAAAAAUAUAUAGACUUAGAAUUG